AUGGAAGCCUCUAAAUUUCUGCUUAUUGCAAUGACGCUCACAAUUUGUGCAGCUAUCUUUCAAUUAAUUGGUUUGGCGUCACCUUACUGGACAUUUAUUGAUGGAAAUUCAAUCAAUGUAAAUUCUGGUCUAUGGAAGACAUGUACGCAAACAGUUUCGACUGGAGAUACCGUAUGCACUGAUAUUGAAAUUACAGAUGACGAUUGGCUCAAGGCUGUCCGAGCAAUGAGCAUCCUUGGCUUUCUGGUACUAAUGGUAGCGGCAAUCAUGGCAGUAUUAAAACUGUUUGUUCUGAAAGACAAGCAGCCAGUUCUUUUUGUUGCAAUAGGCACAGCUUUCGCAGGAGCGGUGUUUAUCCUUAUAUCAAUAGCAGUGUAUGCGGCCAAAACAAAGGACUUCUACGGAAACGUUGAUUAUAAUUAUCACUUCGCUUUCGCCUUCAGCAUCAUAGGAAUGAUAGUAGCGAUCGGAGCAGGUGGCGUGAUGUUGGUAGACAUCAUGAAGGGAUAA